GAGAGACUGAAAAAGCCAUGGGCAAGGCUUGUCGCAGGGCCGAACGGAGAAUCCUCCGCCUCCUCCACGGCCACAAAACCCGGAAACAGCUCCCGGAAAUUCACGCCCACUUCCUCCGCCACCGUCUCGACCAGUCCAACCAAGUCCUCGCCCACUUCGUCUCUGUUUGCGGGUCUGUGAACAAAAUGCGGUACGCGAAUAGCGUCUUCAGCCGCUCCGAAAACCCGAACAUGUUGCUUUUCAACUCCAUGAUCAAGGGCCACUCCGUGUGCGGCCCGUUUGAGCAGUCUCUGCGAUUAUUUUCGGUCAUGAAAAGCCGUGGCGUUUGGCCCGACGAGUACACUUUUGUGCCGUUGCUCAAGGCUUGUUCGAGUCUGCGCGAGUACCGGACAGGCAAAUGAGCCACAGGAGUGUCGUUUCUUGGAACUCGAUGAUUUCUUGCUUGGCGCAGAGUGGGCG